AUGUCACCAGUUAACAGAAAUAAGAAAAAGCAGGGGAAGGAUACAGCGGUGCAGGGGACCAAUGACAGUAGUGUGGUCAGUAAAGUCUCGGCUGCUGCCCAAGGCUACUUCAAAGAUGAUUUCCUCAAGCAUUUUGUGUGCAAGGUGACACGGAGGGCGCCUUUAAUUAACAGAGGUUAUUAUGUCCGCUGGAAGGCUGUGGAUCACUGUGUUAAACAGUUUCUCGUCAAUACAAAGAGUUGUAUCAGGAGGCAGAUUCUGUCACUGGGAGCAGGGUUUGACUCUCUUUAUUUCCGCCUACAUUCGGAGGGGCCUCUGGAGGGCAUGGUGGUAUUUGAGGUUGACUUUCCUGACGUGGCUCAACGUAAAGCAGCCCUUAUCAGAGGCAACACUGCUCUGAAAGACGCACUUCCAGACUGGGAGUUUCCCGCAGGUGAACAGACAGGCCCUGUGUACGUGCACAGUAGUCAGUACAGCCUGCUGGGUGUGGAUUUAAGACAGGAAAGAGAAGCGGAGAAGGUUUUGACUGCUGCAGGACUGCAGUGGGAUAGCCCCACACUCAUACUGUCGGAAGUAGUGCUCACCUACAUGGAAACAAAAUGGUCUGAUGCUGUGAUAUCUUGGGCUGCCCGGCUCUUCCCCCAGUCCAUGUUUGUGAUGUAUGAACAGGUCCGUCCAGACGACCCCUUUGGCAGAGUCAUGCAGAGCCAUUUCCUAAAGCUAAACUCUGCUCUUCACGCAAUCAAAGACUACUCAGACACUACUGCACAGAAACAGAGAUUCCUGGAUAGGGGAUGGGAGGAGUGUGUGUGUUUGGACAUGAAUCAGUUCUAUUUCGGGCUGGUGUCUGAACUGGAAAGGCAAAGAAUAGAGAACAUUGAGCCAUUUGAUGAAUUUGAGGAAUGGCACCAGAAAUGUUCUCACUAUUUCAUCCUCACGGCUGCCAAAGGCUUUCUGACCUGUCAGUCACUAAUUGUCCCCCCAAAGGAUUCUCCUAUACCCCUGCUAAGGCCUCAGUGGAAGGCCCUCCCUCUGUCAGUAAGGCCCAUGUCUGCGUCUGUGUCUGUGGAAGGUCUGGGAAUGGCCUCUUGCACAUUAAGCCCAGGGUUUAUUCUGCUCAGUGGUGGGUCUGGAAGAGGGGGCAGAGACACUGCCGCAAGGGUCUUGAUUAGGGGACCAGCUGACUGGAGUUGUGCUCGUGUGGAGUCAGAGAUGGACUGGGGUGUUCGUCUGUAUCACACCAUGACUGUUGUCCCGGGAUGGGGAGUCAUAGUCUUGGGUGGUAGAUCUUCCCCACUCAACCCAGUUGGUAGCAUACUCAGGGUAACCUACAGCUUAAGUGACGAGUCUUGCCUCAACACAUUGAAGGUGUCGUUAAAGGAAAUGGUUUGCAGUGGCAUCGCCCCAAAGCCAAGAUGGCGGCAUACAGCUACUUUGCUGAAACAUGGAGGUCGGCAUUAUGUGUUUGUGUUUGGAGGAUGCACAGCGACGGAGUCCGAAUUAGGUGAUGCCCACUUCCUGUGCUUGGAAGACCAACACUGGACUGAGAUGUUGAUUGAGGGAGCGAUGCCUGAAGCUCGUCACUCUCAUUCAGCCUGUCCCUAUGGAGAUGGACUGGUGUUGUGUGGAGGGCUUGGACGGAGAGGUAUUCCUUUGGGCGAUGUUUUUUUAUUGAAGCCCACUCUUCUUGGUUUCUGCUGGGAGAAGCUGCAGGUGCAACAGCCCCUAGUGCCAAGGUAUUCUCAUUCUGCUCAUGUUCUUGGUGAAAAUCUGGUGGUAGUUGGUGGAGUUUGGCUACAGGCUGAGAGUGUGCCAGGGGUAGCUGUAAUAAAUUUGACUACUGGGAGUAUUACUGAAGUCUCCUUGGACAUAACCUCCAUCGCGUGGCCUUUCAUGCUGCAUUCCUUUUGCUCUGAGCUCCUGGACUCUGAGGGCAGAGAGGUAGUGCUCAUCGGGGGAGGAGGGAACUGCUUCUCAUUUGGAACUCACCUCAACCCUCAGCCUGUUACUCUGGACCUGGGACCUGUACUUUGA